UAUAACACAAUCAGAAUAGUAAGAACGGUCGGAGAGAGCAAACCUGGGAUAUAAUACUGGAGGUUUUUACCAUAGGAUUCGUGAAUAGGAAACUACCCCGACACAACAUUGAAGCAUGGCUCAGGUGAUAGACCCCAUGUUGACAGCUACUAAUGCAUUCAAUAACACAUCAGGGAUGAUGACCAAGUAUGAAGAAACAAUGGAACUGCAGUCGCCGUGGCAGGAUGUGGAGAACUUCCUUUACCCGGACAAUAAUCCAUACGAAAGUAGUAUGGUGCAGAUGAUAUCCCAAACCAAUAUGCCAGCCAUAAGCAACAGCGCUAACUCCUACAAUCCCAACGUGCGGAACGCGACGACGGCGAUGAACAACGGAUGUAUGACCACCACAGCGGCGAACAACGGCAAUAUGACCAGCCCUUCCAUGGCCUCACCACAGUGUAGCCCCCAGUCCCAGAUACCCAGUGAUGGCGGUGAUCAGCAGCCUCGGGAGUGCUACGACGAUCUCCUGGACCUGGACUUUAUUCUCACCAACACGGUGGAGAAUAAUAACAUGUAUCCUGAAGACUCCGGGCUAAAGGUGAAACAGGAACCUGGCACUGAGCGAUUGCCUGAUUUUAAUUCCACAUUUUUGGAUAUUCCAGACAUUAAACUAGACAACAACAUGAACGAAAUGCCCAUGGAUCAACAGCCACAGAUCACUGUAAAAGUGCCAGAAUACAAAGCCGUAGUGCCUAAACAAGAGUUCCGCCCAGCCAACAACUGUGCCUCCUACAAUGCCAUGAUGACUAUUAUUCCAGCUUCCCAUCCUCAGAUGCAUUUUAUUCCCGGUCACAUAUCCCCACCCGCCUCCCCAGAGGUGCACGAAGAAAAGACCCUGAUGAACAGAGACUACCGUCACGCCAUGAGUUUGAUGCACCCUCACCAUCCGCAGCAUCCCCAUCCCCAGCAGGCGCAAAUGCUGAUGCCUCAUCAGUUCAUGGCCAAGAUGGCCCACCAUCCUCAGAGCCACAUGGUCCAGGUUCCUCAUCAGAUGAUAACACCGCCCUCCUCACCGCAGCUCGUUGACCUCCUCCUUCCCCAGGCCGCAGUGGAUGCCCCUCAGCCAAAGAGGAGAGGACGACGGACGUGGGGCCGUAAGCGACAGACCAACCAUACCUGUACCCACCCGGGCUGCCAGAAAACUUACACGAAGAGUUCUCACCUGAAGGCUCAUCUACGCACUCACACUGGGGAGAAGCCCUACCAUUGUAACUGGAAGGGUUGUGGCUGGAAGUUCGCCCGCUCUGACGAACUGACGCGCCACUACCGGAAGCAUACGGGCGACAGGCCUUUCCAAUGUCACCUAUGUGAGCGAGCGUUCUCAAGAAGUGACCACCUGUCGUUACAUAUGAAACGUCACAUCUGAACUGUAAAUACAAUGAGACUUACAGGACUUCCAUUCCUCAAGAAGGAACCUAUAAAUCCACGAGAUCCCGCCACAGGCGUCGUUCCCUACAAAUAAGUGAUGUAAACGGCUCAAGUGUAACAUGAGACUCGUUAUCACGAAGUGAAUUCCCAGUGUUCGGUUCGGACAUUUGUUGACAUUGAGUGCAUAUAACAUAUUUGUGUGUCUGCUGGUCAGAUACAUUCUAACACACUAUGCAAACUUCAAUAUGACAAUUGACGGACCAUGGGUGUUUUGUCGAGAGUAAUGGAAAUCUUCCAAUUAGGACAGACGAGGCUGUUUGACAGCCUGUGUAUGGGAAUCGACUGCGGAACUUGUGCCUCAAUGCCGAAAGUUGCUAGGCAUGCUCCUUCCCCGCGCUUGCGCUGGCCGGUCCCGAGCGACAAAGUUGGGAGAGGGAGAAUCCCAGAUGGUGGAGAGUGCUGAAGCUAACGCCGUAGGGCCCAGAGCCCAUGAUAUUAUAUUAUAUACAGUCUAUGUGACGAUUUACAGGAUAGAGCUUUGAGGUCGGAGACUCUUAUCUACUUUAUAAGCCAGGCAUUUUGACGGCUUCAUAUCUGUAUAGCCUUAAAUUAACAAAGUAAUGCGUUGUUAUAUUCCACCAUGCUGGACAUGGUUCGAAUAGCUAUUUACUUUUCUUCUUUGUUUUUUUUUUUCAAUUUUUUUUGCUUAAUUUUCAGCGUGCAUGGCAUACGCACUGAAGUUCAAAACGGUUUUAAUGUGCAUGUAUAUUAUUAUAGGACUUAUUAUAAAUAUCAAUAUUAUUGUAUCUUACCACCGCGACCUGUCUGUCACAAGUAAUAUAUUGAAAAUGUCGCUGCCCUUCAUGUGUUCAUUACAGAUCAGUGUAUACAAACCCUUGUUAAAAGUGCAAUGUAGAAACAACCCGCAGCUGCUUCUCAGUCAAGUCCGUAUCUGUUACGCUACUCAUGCACUCCAAAGCAUUACGAAGCGUACGGAGAUGUCCCAUUAGAACUCAACUUGAGUUUUAUUUUGUUAUUGUUGUUGUUAAAAACAGACAGCUGCAUGGAAAAAUAACUUGACAUUAAAAAAGUGAAAUAUCUACACAGUUUUAAGUAAAUUUUCAACGAUAGGAAAACAUUAAGUUUUGUAACUGCCAUAUUGUUCUCCUUGAGCCUUUUUUAUGAUUACGAAUAUUAUUUCUGAGUGCUAUUUUUAACGUUUGUUUUUUCCCCUGUUCUUGUUAUUUUGGGCUCCUUUACCUUCUAAAAUAUUUCGGCUGAAAUUGAAUGAAUUGUAUAAAAAAGCCGGAUGCGGAAAAAUUCCGAAUUCCGUUCAAAGAAUCUCGUCAAUGUGCCAUGACAGAGAUGAUAUUUUUGUAAAAUAUACCGAAAACUAGUCAACGGAAAAAACCACGUAGGAAUGUUUCCAGCGUUGUUAUAUAUAUAAAUAUAUCUAUACUUACAUAUAGUAAUGACCCUGAUGGUCCCAGCGGGACCAACCUUACACCGAAUCUUGAACAAUAAAAUUGUUUUGUCACAGUA